AUGGAGAGUGAGCAACGAGCCGAUAAGGGUAAGGAAUAUAAACCGCGCAAUGUAUUGGUAACUGGUGGAUGCGGUUUCAUUGGUUCAAAUUUUAUGAACUAUAUCUUUGGAGCAUGGCCUAGGGCUCGCUUUGUCAACUACGAUAAACUGAUUCUGAAUUCGGAUUCGUGUUAUGUACGAGAAGAGAUACGCAACAAUACGAAACGAUAUCAGUUGGUGACAGCCGAUUUGAGAAAUCGUGAUGUUAUGCGUAGAGUGUUAAGCGACAAUGAGAUUGAUACGGUGAUUCAUUUCGCAGCUGAUUGCACGUCUACACGUUGUUAUUCGGAUCCAAUUGAAUCCAUUCAAAACAACGUUCUUUCGUAUGUCGAUUUCUUGGACGAAGUGAAAGAUUAUGGAAAAACUGAACGCUUCAUACAUAUCAGUACCGAUGAAGUUUACGGAGAUUCAGAUUUGUCUUCAAAUGAAAAGGGGAAACUCGAAGAUGCAAUGCUUCGUCCUGGCAAUCCGUAUGCUGCCACAAAAGUUGCUUGUGAAUACUACGCACAUGCAUAUCGGGAACAGUAUCGUAUACCAAUAAUCAUUUUGCGAAUCAAUAAUAUUUACGGACCAAAUCAAUGGGAUGUUAAAGUGGUACCAAGAUUUAUUGAAGUGGCAAAAAAGCAAGAAAAGUAUACGAUUCAAGGAAGUGGUGAACAAUUGCGAUCAUGGCUUUACGUUGACGAUGCUGCCGCUGGUAUACAAAUGGCAACAGAGCUGGGUGAAAUUGGUCAAAUCUAUAAUUUGGGCACUUAUUUUGAGAUGAACGUGCUCGACUUGGCGCAUAAAAUACAAUCGGAAGUUGACAAGCAAAUGGGCCGCAAGCAACCCACCCCCGUUGAAUUUAUCAGUAUACCUGACCGACCAUACAACGAUCUGCGCUACCUCAUCGACAUCACGAAGGCGAAGGAUCAGCUUGGAUGGAGUCCGAAAAUUUCAUUCGAUGAAGGUAUCCGUCGUGUGGUAGCGUCAACAUUAUGCGAACGAAAAGAAACACAAAAAAUGAAUGUUAUCAUAUACGGUGGAAAUGGGUGGGUUGGUAAACAAAUGCAAAAGUUGAUGACCCAGAGGAAAAUCCAUUUUCAAGUGGCUGAAUGUAAAGUUGGACGAAAUACCGAUGAAGAAGUAUUAGCUGAACUAGUGAAAUUGUGUGGAACGCAUGUACUUUGCUGCACAGGUCGCACACAUGGUGGGGAAUUCAAAACUAUCGAAUACCUUGAAGGCGGGCCAGAAAAAACUGAAGAGAAUGUUCGUGAUAAUUUGUGUAGCGCCGUGACUCUGGCGUAUUUAUGCGAGAAAUUAGGAUUGCAUUAUACCUAUGUGGGAACUGGCUAUUUAUUUGCAUAUGAUAAAGAGCAUACAAUUGGUGGAAAAGGUUUCACCGAACAAGAUACACCAACAUUUUUCGGCAAUUCGUAUUCAGUGGUAAAAGGCUACACGGAUCGACUGAUGUCGCAAUAUCAAGGCGGUAUCAAAGAAUGCCUCAACGCACGCAUUACACUUCCACUCAAUUUUGCGCUUAAUGAAGAGCGUAAUCUGCUUACGAAAAUUAUUAAAUACAAGUUCGUUCUGUUGUUUCAUUUGUUUGAUCAUUAUUCGCUUCAGUUGGUGGAUCGAACGUUGCCCGAUUAUGAAGUGAUCGAUGUACACAGUGAAAAAGGCAGGGCAAUGUGUGCGAAGAAAGGUAAUUGCGCACUCGAAACGAGUUUAUUGCAACGUCUAUGUCCAUACGUGCUGAGCAGUUCUGAUGCGUUACGAAAAGGUUUCGAACAAAUGAAAAAUGCUACUGCUACAUAA